AUGCGAUUUUCAAGAAGUAAUCCUCACUCCGCACUUCCUUUAUACAAAGAACAUUCAAAAUCUACUUCAACUUUUAGAAGUUCGAAGCAAUUAUUGAUUAUCGGCCUUUUUUAUAUUAUUUUAAUUCUGUUUAUUAUCAAUCUUUUUAAUUUUUUACUUUUUCAUAAACCCGAAUCUUCGUCUAUUACAAAUCUUGAUUAUUCUUUCAUACUUCCUAACCCAUCUCACUCAGAUCUCAAAGAUUUAAUAAUAGUUGCUGGACAUGCCAUAUAUUUAAGUAAUAGAUUAGAUGAAGUGGAGCAAGAUGACAACUGGAUUUUGGAGAGUUUCCAAAAAGGUGGACAUGUGAAAACUUUUUUGAAUCAUAUAAGAAAAGGUUUGGAAUUAGCUCAACAAAAUACAAAGGCAUUAUUAGUAUUUAGUGGUGGUCAAACUCGACCCGCUGCUGGGCCAAUGAGUGAAGCACAAAGCUAUUAUGCAAUUGCUCAAAAACUUGAUUUAUUUUCUGCCGAAAAAGAUUCUCAUUUAGUUAUUGAUCGUAUGACAACUGAAGAAUAUGCACGAGAUUCUUAUGAAAAUUUAUUAUUCUCAAUUUGUCGUUUUACGGAAGUAACUGGGCAUCAUCCACAAAGCAUAACGGUCAUAGGGUUUGAAUUUAAGCGAAAAAGAUUUUUAGAUUUACAUAGAGCUGCAAUUAAAUUUCCAUUAGACAG